AUGGACCACUUACCCGAUCCGACGAUCGACCUUGACUGGUCUGGUUACGUCGGUUCAAUCCACGAGCGCUUCAGGGCUUCCGCUGAGAAAUAUCCUGAUAGGACUUGUGUUCUGGAAACCAAGUCUUCCACGCAUCCUGAGAGAUGCUUCACUUAUCGUCAGAUCUAUGAAGCUUCUAAUACCCUCGCCUGGUACCUGCACAAGGCUGGUAUUACCAAUGGCGACGUAGUAAUGAUCUGGGCCCAUCGUUCCGUUGACUUGGUCAUCGCCUUGAUGGGUACUCUGGCUUCCGGUGCUACUAUGACAGUUCUAGAUCCUGCAUAUCCCCCAGCAAGACAGAAGAUCUACUUAGAAGUGUCUCAGCCACGUGCUCUGAUCAAGAUUGGCCGCGCAACUGAUGAGAACGGCCCACUAGCUGACCUAGUGCAAAGCUAUAUUGACCAGGAGCUUCAAUUGAAGGCCCAGGUCCCUGAACUCCGUCUCCUUGAUGAUGGUACUCUCUCCGGAGGUCAGGUUGACUCUCAGGACAUCUUCGAGCCCCUGAGAAGUCUUGCGUCUGCCCCGCCUGAUGUGAUAGUCGGUCCUGACUCAAACCCUACCCUCUCUUUCACGUCGGGGAGUGAAGGAAGGCCAAAAGGAGUCCUCGGUCGACAUUACAGUCUAACUAGAUACUUCGGCUGGAUGGCCGAGCGCUUCAACUUGUCGACUGAGAGUCGGUUUACACUUCUCUCCGGUUUAGCCCACGAUCCCGUCCAGAGGGAUAUUUUCACCCCCCUAUUCCUCGGUGCUCAACUCCUCGUCCCGUCUAGGGAGGACAUUCAACAUGAGAAACUGGCCGAGUGGAUGCGUGAAAUGAAGCCUACCGUCACACAUCUUACUCCAGCCAUGGGUCAAAUCCUCGUUGGCGGCGCUACCGCUGAAUUUCCUAGCUUAGAACACGUCUUCUUUGUUGGUGACGUACUUACAACGAGGCAAUGCCGUUCCCUUAGGCAACUCGCCGUGAACGCUAACAUUAUCAAUAUGUACGGUACCACCGAGACCCAAAGGGCUGUCAGUUACUACGAAGUCCCUAGCCGAGCCAGGGAUCCGGGCUUUCUGGAGAAGCUCAAGGACACAGUCCCUGCUGGCCAAGGAAUGCAAAAUGUCCAACUCUUAGUUGUCGACAGGGAGAACCGGUCCAGAUUAUGCCAGGUCGGCGAAGUGGGAGAGAUCUUCGUUCGGGCCGCAGGUCUCGCCGAGGGUUAUCUAGGAGACAAAGCUUUGAACGAACAGAAGUUCUUAAUGAACUGGUUCGUCGACAAUAACAAGUGGGUCGAAGCAGACGCGAAGGCGAACAAAAAUGAGCCCUGGAGAAAGUAUUAUAAGGGGCCGAGAGAUCGACUUUACAGAACAGGUGAUCUAGGACGAUAUCUGGAAUCUGGUGACGUCGAAUGUACCGGUCGUGCCGAUGACCAAGUCAAAAUCCGCGGUUUCCGUAUCGAGCUCAACGAUAUUGACAGCAAUCUAAGUCAAAACCCACUUAUUCGCGACUGCAAGACUCUAGUGCGAAGAGAUCGUAAUGAAGAGCCUACGCUGGUAAGCUACCUGGUUCCGGAAGCAGCUGAGUGGCGCCGAUGGGUUGCUGCUCGAGGAAUAGAAGAGGUCGAAGAUGAGGGUGUCGAAAUGGGCCCUACGCGUGUCUUCUUGAAGAAAUACAGAAGUAUGGAAACCGAGGUGCGAGACCACUUGAAGUCUCGACUACCGGCAUAUUCGGUACCGAGCAUAUACAUAGUUCUCGAGAAGCUUCCCUUAAACCCCAAUGGUAAGGUUGAUAAGCCUAACCUUCCUUUCCCGGAUGUUACCGAGCGCGUUGAAGACGCUUCGGAGGAGGAUCUCAAGAGCUGGGAAUCCUUAACGGAGACAGAACAGAAGGUGGCCCAGAAGUGGGCUAGUCUUAUCCGGGGUCUAAAUCCGAAAACUAUUAGACGAGAAAACGUCUUCUUCGACCUAGGUGGACACAGUUUGUUGGCCCAACAGCUCCUAUUCGAAAUUCGGAAGAGUUUUGGAGCAGACGUUUCUAUCAGCACGUUUUACGAGCACCCCGACCUGGCUGGUUUCAGCGCUCACAUUGAGAAAAGACUUCACGAUGCCAACAGUACCGAUGCCACCACCGAAGCGCAAGAGACCACUCCUGUUUAUGCGAAGUCUCUCGACGAAUUAACUAACCAGUUAGCUGAGAAAUAUCAAUCCGCUGAUCUCAAAGCCCUUGACGAGUCCCAAAGCCCGACGAUCUUCCUUACAGGAGCGACUGGAUUCUUGGGAUCAUAUCUCGUGAAGGAUAUCCUUGACCGUACUUCUCGUGAGGUCAAGUUGAUCGCACAUGUCCGUGGUGUCAAGGAUUCAGCGGCAGCUCUUCAGCGACUUCGUCGCUCCCUUCAAAGCUAUGGUUUGUGGAAGGACGAGUGGCAGAAGAGGUUAAGUGCAGUUGUGGGCGACUUAUCAAAGCCUCAGCUCGGCAUUGAUGAUUCGACUUGGAAGAAGCUGUCAGAAGAAGUUGACGCGGUGAUACAUAACGGAGCAACCGUCCAUUGGAUCCGAAAGUACCAAGAUAUGAUGGCGUCAAACGUAUUGUCAACUAUUGAUGCUAUGAGGUUAUGUAACGAAGGCAAGGCAAAGGUCUUCUGCUUCGUCAGCUCAACUAGUGUUCUUGACACAGACCACUACAUUAAACUAUCGGAGGAACAGACAAGAACAGGCGAGGGUGCUAUCAUGGAAAGUGAUGACAUGAACGGGAGCCGUACCGGCUUAGGAACAGGAUACGGACAAACCAAAUGGGUAUCUGAGCAACUCGUUCGAGAAGCCGGAAGGCGAGGCCUUCAGGGCUCUGUUGUACGACCGGGUUAUAUCCUCGGUGACUACCAAACUGGUGUCUGCAACGUUGAUGAUUUCCUCAUCCGGAUGCUGAAAGGUUGCAUCCAGUUGGCAGCGCGUCCACACAUAGUCAAUACCGUCAACGCUGUCCCCGUAAAUCACGUCGCGCGAGUAGUCGUUGCCGCCGCCCUCAAUCCCCUCCCAGAUGGAGUGCACGUGGUUCAUGUCACCGGUCACCCGCGUCUCCGGAUGAACGAGUAUCUGUCAAUACUAGAGUACUACGGUUACAAAGCGCCAGAAAUUAGCUACGACUCCUGGAAGCAAGAGCUAGAAAACUUCGUGUCCGCCGGUGCUCUUGAGAAGGACCAAGAGCAACAUGCGCUUAUGCCUCUGGCACACUUCUGCAUGAACGACCUGCCAGCGAAUACUCGAGCUCCAGAAUUAGACGAUAGAAAUGCCGUCGCUAUCCUAAAGGCAGAUGGCGACAAGUGGACAGGAGUAGACGAGAGCUCCGGCUACGGUAUUAAUAGGGACGACGUAGGGAGGUAUCUGCGAUAUCUGGCGGAAAUUAAGUUCAUCAGCAAGCCGACCGAAAGGGGCCGGCCGUUACCUGAUAUCAGUGCGGAUAUUGUGCAAGCCCUGGCUGCGGGAGGCAUAGGUGGACGUGGUGGUGCUUCCUGA